AUGGCUCCGUUGUCGUCCUUCAUUAAUUCACGCAAGGCAAAGUCGGUGAUUAAAUCCCCCUUCUCAUAUAUCUUACGACCCGAACCUUCGACAUCCACUAUACCACCCGUACCAGUUUAUCUCCCGGGGCCAUCCAGCUUGGAACAUACAGAAGUAAUUGAUAUCAACGAACAGGCUAGGGAUACACGGUAUUCAUUGGAUUUUAACGGAGGGAAACCGACGGACGAUUUCGAAAAGAGUCUUGUGGACGAGCAACCACAGCUUCCUCGGACGGAUAGUACUGCUUCCCCUCAAGUCCAAUUGGACAUUGACAUAUCUCAAGAUGCCCUUACCGACUGGUUCCCAUCAGGCUUUCUUCGCAGUAGUACCUACUAUUCAGCUCCAGCCAAAGAACAGACAUUAGUGACCGGAAAUGGGCUUCGGAACGAGGUUUCAAACCAGUCAUCCGGUUCAGGGAGCUUCAGCGGGACAAAUGGGAAGAAUGGGACAGAUUCAGUUAUUGGGGAGGAUGAAAGUUAUUCAACGUCGUCUGAGGAUGUACUCGCAAACCUACAAGCUAUGAACCCUUCACAUUUCGGAAAGCUGCCAGGAUACGAUACUUUCAAACGAUUAGAACAACCCUCGCCGAAGAAGUCAACACCAAAACCUAUCACUAUACCUUCCGAAUCUACGCAGAGUCAGAAUAAUACAACAAUAAAAUCAGGCGAAUCUUCAAUGGCCUUUUCCCCCAACAUGGGUCCUCUUUCAGCAUCAUUCGAUACCCCCGCAUCUUCGGCUAUAUCUGGCACUACUCUAGCGCGUGCUUUAAUGUCCAAUUCCUUUAUACUACCCCACGAUAAUCGCAUGUCGAAAUAUCGCACUAGCGUAGCCGGGCUUACACGGUCUGAUUCGACGACACUACCCCGAGGAGAACACAGUUUCGGAGCUGGUUACAAUAAUGACAACUUCUCGAUAGGGCCUGAUGCUCCUCCAAUACCUUCAAACGCUGAGAAACUAUACGAACCUCCUAAGAAGCCUAGAGGAGUGGGGGCGAAGGAAAAGAAAAGUCAAAAUUUGAAAAGGCGUUCAAGUACAGGAAGUAUUAAUGCAAGAAGUCUGCCCGACACACCGUCAACGAAUUCGACGGGACCAAAUAGCGCACUCUUCAGCCCUGAUGUAGAGUUCGAUGUUGGUGCCAUCUUGUUACGGAAUACAGAAGAUAAACUCCCUUCCCUUCCUCGAUCUCCUCUUCCUCCAACACCUCGCCUUCCUUAUUCUCCAGGUGCAGACAGCAAAUCAUUGGCGCAAGAGAGCUUGUCGGACAAAUCAUAUCAAGAGGCUCUACAGCAGUUCCCCCUGGAUUCGCAACUCAUAUCACCGGAUCUAAACCAGCUUUCACCUGCAACCUCUUCAGAAGGACCUCUUUCUGCGAAGAAUUAUGAAGAUGUGUUGAACUAUUAUUCUCUCCCUGAUUCCCCUGCAAUCAAUGUCUCUGGAAACAAUUAUAGGCCUGCUUUUUCACCCAUCAGUGAAGAGUCCAGCUCUCAAUUAUCCCCUCCAGCACCUUAUAGAACCGAUAAACGCGAGUCAAUAAGAAACCAGCCUGUUGGGGCGCGUAGUCCAUUAACAAACAGUCUGCGCGGUCGCGGGGAUUCAUUACCUUUAUCUCGAAUACCGUCGGAAUUACGUACGCGCCAGCAAUUGCACCCAAUUGGCGAACGUCCUCGAUCUGUAACUCAGCUCCCAUCACCUGGUAGUGCACACAGUGCAUCAUCAUUCGCUUCUGCAGGUUCAGAUCUUCUUGCACCUCCUCCACUUAGUAGAAUUUUCAACCGCACGCGUUCCGGAAGCGCUCCAAGUCCAAUCAAAGUUGUUCGAGAUUCCAAGGACGCAAAUGCGUAUAAGAUCACCAUAACACCCCAACUUUCGGAACUGGGUACACCUACUACUGAGGAAGAUGAACGGGUGGUGACGCAGGAAUUUCCUGAAACGCCGAACGCCUUCAGUCCUCUUCUGACGACCGACGUUGGUUCUACGUCGAUGGUACAGACUCUGGAUGUUCAUGAUGUCAUACCGAUGUCCAAUGUCCCCCUCUCUGCAACCUUGCCCAAUCGCGGGAGCUUGCAGCCAAAUUUAGCUCAGCAACUUUUGUUGUCUAGGUCGGCUACGACAAGUAGACAUUCGGGUCAGACAAGCACAAGCAGAAUCAAAACCAAUGGCAUAAUAGGACGGUCUGGAUCUUUUUCAGGUCGACAUAUUGGCGAUAUUGCUGAAAGUCCCAGUGAAGAUGUUGCACGCGACCAUCCAGAACCGGCUUUGGAUACCUCUGCGCCGUCGAUGCACCCUGAACCGUCGACAACUACUUUGGUUGAUUCUCCAGAAACUAGUCUCAGAGAGCUAGGACCAAUCAAUUUACCUUUAAUACCUGAGAGCACCAGGUCUCCGAGUCGUAGUGCUAGUUUCACGCAGGGAUCAGAUUCGAGCUCAAUGUAUACCCCUUCAAUACGGUCCGAGUCAUCGAGACGAAUGAAAUCUCUACCGUCUAUUCCUGCUUCUCCUCUAGUUCCAGCCCCGUCUUCCGCUGCAUCGAAUACAUCCAUGAGGUCAGGAUCUCCUUCUCCUGCUGUGCUGCAGCCUUCACCACCUGUAGCGACGGCAUCUACGCCAUCGAUACCUCCUCCCCCAUCAAUCCCUCCUCCGUCGCCCACACCUUCUCAGAAGCUCAAGUCACAACCUGUCCGAAGUCGCUUACCUCCACCUGCAUUGACGAUCAAAAGCUCAAACAUAACUGCGUCACAACAUGCGGUUGCUAUCAACGGGACAGAGACAAACAGCGAAACGUCGCCUGCACCAUUUGCCCAAGAGCCUGACACGUCUGUAGAAACAAUAUCUCCACCAGUGCCAUCGCUUCCUCAGCACGAGUCACCCAUUCCCAACGUCCAGGAAUUGACAGUUCCAGGUCCGUUGUACGAUCCUGAGGGUACCUUUGGCGAUCGUGCAUCGGAUAUAUUUAGGGGCACUUCUUUGGGCUCUCCGCCUCCCUACUACACGGUCGUUAGUGACGCUAUCAACCAAACGGAGGCAGUCAACUCACCACCGAAUCCAAUAUUCUCAAAUUUGCAAACACCUGAUUUUGGAGCGCAGAGUACAGAAAUAUCGACCGCUGCCUUGAGUGCCGGAGUUCUGAGCGCAACAAGUAGUAAUGGGGCUGCUGGAUCUUCAAUGUCUAUUUCCGAGUUGGGAAUCAUUCCGAAUGGCAAUGUCAGCAAUCCACAUUUGGCGAGAGAAAACUCGGUCAUCAGCCAGCGGGCGCGAAGACGACCCCCUCUUCCUGCAGGCCCUCGUAGACCAAGUCAGAUUCAGUUAAUAGGUGGACAAACUUCGCAAGGUUACCAACGUGAUCGGACAGGGUCUAUCUCGUCUGUGGCCAGUACCAGUCAUCGUUAUUACACUUCUAGAAAUCAAUCUGAAUCUACACCUGCCUUUUCUCCUAAAUUUCAAACACCGGCCCCCAAAUGGAGAGGCUAUACCAUGGAGGCUGCGAAAUGGACGUUCACUUCUGCACAACUUCAGGCAAUUGUCUCGCGCGCCAUUCGACAAUCAGCAGAGGCUUCAUCUAUUCGCCUUCUACGCCUUGAGAUCAUCGACACUGAGAUUCCGGAGGAGAUACGACGGUUGGAUGCCCAGCGUACCGACCUCAAAACUCGUUAUAAGGUUUUAGCGAAGAAACGGGCAGCAUUGUUCGAUGCUCUGACCCUAUAUCUGAGCGCUGGAGAUGAAGAUAAUACUCCAUAUGUUCUUCGAGUGUUGGAAGAGCUACGGGAUGUCUCUAUCAAUCUCGACAAGCUGACAGAGGAGUUACAUAGUUUGGAUUCCCAGUUGGCCCAUCUGGAUUCACUUACACAAAUCCAUACAGGAAGUGCUCUAUCUAUGGCUCUUCGGAAACUGAAUGCAAGUUUUUUGAAGCAAGUCGCAGAAAACCAGGCCUUGCGGACUCAGAUACAGACAUUGGAAGCAGAGAGAGACGAAGCAUGGCAGCAAGCGCAAUCUGUGGCCGAUGAAUACGAUCGUCUAAACGACAAAAUUGAUGAUAUGUCGUCGAAACGGUCGAGUAGGGUGUCUGCAUUCAGGAAAUCAAGUGUCAGAGUGUCAAAGGCUGGCCUCCGCACUCCCAGCCAACGCCUAAGCCAAAUAUCGUCCUUUGGAAGUGGGAUGCACAAUGGUCUCACACCUUCCAGUGCCAAAAGCCCCUUAUUGCGUUUGGAACGCCCAAUACCCCCAGUGCCGCCAAUACCACGACGGAGAACUCUCGAUGGUCUGGGUUCACCAUCUAAAAGUUCUGCAGCACUAUCGUCUACUGGUUUGACGCCUGGACUUACUCCAACAUCUGAGACCCGCGCUUUGGCUCGGGCUCAAGACGAACUGUAUGCUAUGUUGGGGCUGGCCAACCCAGAGCGUUCACUUCGACGAUCACUGUCGUUCACCUCUGGCCAACCCCCAACUUUACGACCCAACCCACCUGCUAAUGCGACUAACUCGUGGAGACGUUCAUCACUGCCCGGCGAGGAUGCACUUGCGGAGACCUACAACGCAAUGGCUGCCGAUCGCAACGCAGUUCUCGCCACUAUCGAUAUGCUAUCAUCUACAGAUUAA